UUUAUUGAUGGUGUAAAACAAGACAAUGUAUUUUCUUUUUUCUCUAUUUUUAUCUAAUUUCCAAAUAAUAUAGAGUAAUUAAUCUUGUGAUGAUCGUCAGUAUUUUCAUACACGCCGGUACACGAUGUGGUGGAAGUGAACAAACAAGGUUACGACACGUGUAUAAUAGUAAACGCAAUGGCCACGUAUAACACCGGCGAAACAGUGAUCCACAUCACCGAAGAAGGAACCCGCUACUUCGUUUGUGGACGAUUGGGCCAUUGCCAACAGGGCCUCAAACUCGAAGUCCAAGUUCAGGCCCAAUCCAAUAACAACGGAACCAACAACGAUCAAAACCAACACGGUGGCUCUAGUAGUAGAAGACCAUCUCCACGUCGUUCUCCUCCACCGCCACGUCAUCAUUCUCCUCCUAGUCCUCCAGAUGCGCCUGUUAAAGAACCUUGCGAUUGUUCAUGUGCAGAAGGAGGUCAUUGGGUUGUGCCAUUGAUUACACUCGUAAUCAUCUUAGCUUUAACCCGCUCUUCUUUCUUCUUCUCGCAUAUCUUGCUUUAGUACAUUGUGAUUUUGGUUAUUUCAGUUGUUACAUUAGUGUAUAGUGUCAGAUUUUCCUCAUCUGCCAAUUUGUUUGUUAGUAAAAAGAGAGUUGUUUCAAUAACACUUCUCAUAUUGUAACUUCAUCACCUAAAUAAUAAACAAAUUUAUGAUUCAUUUA